AGGAAGCUAGUUAUGGUGUCGCCUCUUUUCUUUGCUCUCGUCUUCUGCGUUCUUUUGCCCGUCGUGCAACUCAGUCAUGAAAUGAUCGUCGAGCGUGGCAAAAUCGUGAAGUUUUACGACAGCAAGGACCGCGGAGCUCGUCUGCUGGGCAAAACAGUUGCAAACGAAAUGAGCGAGUGUUCGCACACUUGCCUGACAAAAACUGACUGUGACACUGCUAUUUAUCACGAGGAUACGUUCGACCGUCAAAAUUGUUUUUUCCUAUCCUGUGGCGUGCCUAACAAAUGUCUCUUUUCGGAUCAUCCUGAGUUCACUGUUUUGUUGAGAACGUCGGCAGAUUCGAAAGAACUGGAGCCAGUCGAUUGCCAGCUGUCGCAAUGGUCGGCUGAGGCUCCUUGUAGUGUCACGUGCGGAAAUGGUGUGACGUCCUAUCACCGGUUUGUCGUCACAGAAUCGAAAAACGGGGGGAAACCCUGUCCAGGAGAGGAUCAGUUGCGUUAUAACAUAUCAUGCAGUUUAGUUCCAUGCAGAGUUGACUGCCAGUUGUCUAGCUGGUCUACCUUUAGCAAAUGCUCCAGUUCUUGUGGACCUGGUAUGAAGACGAGGUAUAAGACAAUAAUUCAAUAUUCCAGUAAGGGUGGAAUGACUUGCCCACAUUUUGAAGAUUUACAACAAACCAUCUAUUGCAAUGAAAGAGACUGCUUAUCUACAGUCCUUGAAUCAACAAAUAAUAUAUUGGAAAACCAACUCAACAUUUCAACUAUUAGAGAGCAGACUCAUGGUAUUGACAAAGAAAUUAAAGAAAAAGGUACAACUGUAGCUGCAGUAUCAACGUCUCACUCUUUGUCUGAACUAGAAUUGGACAUGCUGCUUUCUAACGAACACGGUGAACAGCAAACUAAACAAUUUCACAGUGCCACGUGGCCCAGUUCCAGUUCUGAUAUUCCAAGCUCUCAUUUGCCGACUGUUAGCUCGUCGGCAUUGGUUACAUCUACUUUGUCAAGUUUACUUCUGCUGGAGCAAGAAUUAGAUGAAGAAGCGUCACGUACAGUUGAGUUAGAUAAUACAAAUAUGUCGAUUACGAACAAAAUCACCCCUUUGCCUGUAAGCGUUUCUCUUGGUUCUGAAACACAGCAGACGACAGUAGCAGCUGUAACACGCAUCUCUACGGGCAUCGUGUUUAGCACACAUCAAGGAGACGUCCAGAAGCAUGUGACCAGUUCAUCAUCAACAAGACCUGCAAGUGCAGACACUGUAGUUUCCACAAAUCUCCAGCAGGUGCCUGAUGUGAAGUCUUCAUCUUUGAAGUCGGCAUUUCCAACUAGUGAGAUAUCAAGACCUCGAGCUUCUUUGAUGACUAAUGUUAUGAAAACAGAAAAACCAAUGACUAGUGAACAUGCACUUGGCACAGCAACCACUGAAGACACCGAGACGUAUGGGGAAAAGAUUGAUUUUGGUGUUCGUUAUGAGAGUGGUGAAGGCGGCGAAAAUGUUGGAACGGCAGUACUUGUUGUGGCACUGAUUUUAGGCAUUCUUUUUGUGAGUGCAUCGUUUGUACUGAUCGGGAGGCAUUGGUAUAGUUCGUUUCGGAGGCGACGCUACACACGAAUGGAGUAUCUCAUUAACGACGUGUCUGAUUAGUAAAUGAUUGAGGACAUAUGCAGGACGAGGAUAUAUGCAGGACGUGUACAAAUUGUGACAAAGUUUGGAACUCUAAUAUCACUAGAUUGUAAGUACAGAGUAAAGUCUACGUUGGAUAUCAUGAGAGAGGAUUUUGUGUGAUAGCAUAUAUGGUAUGGUUUUGUACACGUACACAGUCUACGUAGUAAUCACACGACAGGUUUGUAUUAGACGUGCGACUGUUGAUAUGGUGUGUCUACUCUACAGUGUAAUACAGCUAGC